GGAUCAAUCUAGUUCAGUCUUGCUGUCAAUUUCAAUUUUUUCUUGUGAAACACUCGCAGUAUCACAGCUCUCUUGCUGUGGGGAGGUCAACAUAGUUAGUGUCUCUGCUGGCAAAGCUUCAUGUAGUACCUAGCCAUGAGUCCUGCUUGCUCAAAGUGGAGUCCUCCAGAGUUGAGAAUGAUCGUGGUUCUUCAGUUCAUGGCGUUUUGCCUGUCUCUGGUCUCCACGCUGUUCCUCAUCGUGGCCACAUGGACAGACUGCUGGAUGGUCAAUGCAGAUGACAGUUUGGAGGUCAGUCAGAAGUGCAGAGGGCUGUGGUGGGAGUGCGUCACCAACACUCAGGAUGGCAUCCGGACUUGUGACCAGUAUGACACGAUAUUAGCAGAACAUCCUUUGAAGAUUGUGCUGACCCGUGCGCUGAUGAUCACAGCAGACAUCCUGGCCAGCUUCGCACUCAUCAUCUUGAUGCUGGGUCUGGACUGUGUGCGCUUCCUGAAGGAAGAGCCCCACAUUAAACUGAGGAUGUGCUACAUGGCGGGCUUCAUUUUCGGGGUAGGAGGGAUCCCUGGGAUGAUUGGCUCGGUGUGGUAUGCUGUGGAUGUGUAUGUGGAGAGAGCCACUCUUGUUUUAAAGAACGUCUUCUUAGGGAUCCACUAUGAAUUUGGCUGGUCCUGCUGGCUUGCGAUGGCUGGAUCAACUGGCUGUUUUCUAGCUUCUAUUGUACUAACCUGCUGCCUUUAUAUUUUUAGAGAUGCCAGAUCUUCACGAUAUAACAGGUCCAUAUAUCAUUACGGAAGGACAGCAGCUGGAAAGAUAUAUGCAAUGGAUUCACGAGUGUAGUUAAAGAAUUAUUAACUGUAAAUAAGACAGCAUCAGGGAGGUGAUGGAGGGGCUUUAAUAAGGAGACUCCUGAAUGUUGGCUGCCUAAGAGACCCUUCCAUCAGAUGAGCAGGCUUGUGAUCAUCAUCAAAAUCAAGGGGGACACACACACAGGCUGUAACGUGGGUACACUUCCCAAUCGAAAUCAAGGAACACACACAGGCUGUAACAUGGGUACACUUCCCCAAUCGAAAUCCAGGGACACACACACAGGUUGUAACGUGGGUACACUUCCCAAUCGAAAUCCAGGGACACACACACACUGUAACGUGGGUACACUUCCCAAUCGAAAUCCAGAGACACACACACCCUGUAACGUGGUUACACUUCCCCAAUCGAAAUCAAGGAACACACACACCCUGUAAUGUGGGUACACUUCCCCAGUCGAAAUCAAGGAACACGCACACACCCUGUAACGUGGGUACAUUUCCCCAAUCGAAAUCCAGGGACACACACACCCUGUAACGUGGGUACACUUCCCCAAUCGAAAUCAAGGGACACACACACACCCUGUAAUGUGGGUACACUUCCCCAAUCGAAAUCAAGGAACACGCACACACCCUGUAACGUGGGUACAUUUCCCCAAUCGAAAUCCAGGGACACACACAGGUUGUAACGUGGGUACACUUCCCCAAUCGAAAUCCAGGGACACACACACCCUGUAACGUUGUACAAUUCUGAAGCAGGUUCAAGGAGAGGAAUACAACGUUAACUGUAUAAAACUACUGAGAAAUAUAAUGUAGGGGGUUCCGAAAGGCUAGUCUGGAAAAUGAAAAUUAUUUUUUGUACCCAUCGCAGCUUGUUCAUGUUGGGCUACAUCCUUCCAUUGCCUCUCUGUUGCUUAUUCCUGUUGAAGUCACACUGCUAAUUAUCAGAGCACGUUUAGGUUGUUUGUGUUACUUUGUACACAGUGUGUCAUGGAAAUAGCUUUGAAAGAUAGCUUUGCAAUGGUUAGAUAUAUUAUUAAUGAGGAUGUAUUAUUUAAACUGGUUUCAUGUGUAAAAAGCUAAGCAUCUUCAUAAUGAGGUUCAUAUGUAUUUCCAAGAGAAUAGUAAAGAGAAUAUUUAAAUGUUAUCCUCUUUAAUAAUAGUUAUGAUAAUACUGUGCCAGGAUAUUCACUAAGAGCGCGUGCAAAUGCAGGGCCUUUUAUUGUAUUUUUUAUUUUAUUUUAUUUUAAUUCUCAAACCAAAACUUUGUCCAAAAUAACUGUGGAAACCAAAGGCAUUGAAAUAAUCCAGAAUUGUGCUUAAUUUUCUCUACUAGGACUGAACAUCAUUGCUCAGAAUACUAGUUCAGAACACUAGUUUGUUUGUUUUUUUGCACCAAAGCCAUAAAAUAUCUUAAAAGGGAUUAUAGAUGACAAAAUAAUUCCACAAAUAUGACCUUUUUUAUUUUAAAACCUGAUGUCUGGUACUACGCUAGAUUAAAGAAAGCUCUGUUUCCAAACCAUGCUUUCAGAAAGUGUUGCACUUCCUUGGUCCUUCAACAGCUUUAUUCUUGUCAUUAACCAGCCAGCUGCUUCCCCUAUUGACUGACAUGCUUUCAGCCACUAACAUGUUUUGAUCCUGAAGACACUGCUGAGGUGAAAUGACUUGUGCAACAGAUUUCCUGAGACCAAGUCAUGGAAACAGAACUUAAUUUAGUACUAGAUAUCAUGUUUCAAAAUUAAAAUCCAUGUUUGCUGUAAGGGGUUUCUUUCAAAACAGCACAUUUGGGACCUAUUUAGCUAAUGGAGGUGCACAAUAAGUACACUUUAUGGAAUUAUUUUGUUAGCUACAAGCACUUUAAAAGUUCUUAUGCUGAGAAAUUAUUUAAAACAGGCUUGGAGAACAGUGGAAAAUAUUUAGUUUUGCGUAUGCAAGUUGUUGUCAAAUCCGCAAAUAACAAAUAACGCCUAGUAAAUUGCCUUCCAUCUCAAUAGUGUAAUCACAAAAGGUAUCAAAUAGAUUACACUGUUUUAACUUCAGGUGAUACUGAGGACAGAUCCACAAAGAGGAACACAUUACAUUUCCAUCUACCUUGUUACACAAAGGUAGAAAAACAGGGAUUGUUUUGGUAUCUGUUUGCAUGUUUUUUCAGACAAACAGACUGAAUAGGCAUGGUCAACCUUACAGCUGUUCAUUUUGAAAUCCUUUUUAGAAUUUUGAUACAGCUGGCCAUAUUUUACUCCAGUCUUUAAUCAACUCCUGUUUUGUGAAAAGAGAAAAACACCCACUGACUACAAAACUAGUAUCAGACUUCUAAGGCAUGGAACUGGAGGUCUCUCAAGCACUCUCAAGUUGUUUGUUUCUCAGUGUUGUACAUUACUGUUGCAAAUGCUUGAAAAUAUGGCCCAGUACCUCUUGACUGAUUCAAACUAGGUUCCCCAAUUUCAAAACCAGGAAUGUACCUGACCAAAGUCUCAAAGAAGUUAAUAUUACCUCUGUAAUGGUCACUGGGUCACUUCCUCUAUCAGUGCAGUUUAGAAAGACUCAUGUCUGCAAACCCAAACUCAAAUGCACCAUGAAACCAGUCUGUACAACUCAACUUCCAGUAUCAAACUGGGGCUGCAGCCAGUUCCAUCUGCAGUCAACAGUUCUAUCUGCAACCAAGGACAACAAUUAACAACUGUAUGUGUGUGUGUGUAUGCUGUUUUUGUAAAAUAUCAGUUUAUUUUGUCACCUACCUCCAAUAUUUCUGUUAAAAUACAUUACAGUCCUUUGGAGUGAGUUGGAGAGACUGGUUCUGCUAGUCCACAAUCUCAACUGGGGUCCUAGUUUAAAGGGGUUUGAUUUCAGUCUGCUGUCAGUGGAAACAAACUGGAUUGAUUUCAAAGCACCUCUUUCCCAGUCGCAGAUGGAAACCUGUUGUAAUUCAAUGAAUCAUUGUGUUGCUGAUUUCAGAUUCAUUUUCAAUGGUAGCAGAUGGAAGCGUACUGAAGCAUUAGAUUUAAAAGCCUUUACAGUCUCUACCCUAACAAUAUGUAACUUUUUAAUACUUGAAAUAUGUUAUUUGUACUCCUUUCUUAAAUACUGAAUGACUAUAGCAUGUUGUUUAUGUUAAGUGUAAUAUAACUAAACUGUCUAUGCUUUGUUGUUGAAUGUUUUUUUCCUAAAUUAAAUAAUUUUAAAUGUCUCUGGUAAUUACCAUGUUUAAGAUGUGUCUGAUGGUUUUAAAAGAAAUGUUGCUUGAUAAACAUGAAUGGCAGCAUUUGUAAACAUCCAGACUUCCUGUAUACGUUUUGUA